AUGAUCCCUUAUGCAGCUUCACUAAGUUUCAAUUUGCCAAAUAUCGGUCCAACAAAUCAAAAUCGGGAAAUAAUAGCUAAAGGUGAUGGAGCUUAUAUCUCCAGCAGUGGAAUCCAGGUGACCCCAGAUGAAAUUGGAGAUCGGAGACAGAAAGGAGGACAAGCGAGAUACUUUGAACAACUUCAUCUUUGGAACAAUGCAACUGGGGAGCUAGCAAGCUUUGCUACCAAUUUCUCCUUUGUCAUUGAUUCAAGGUCGAAUGGAGAUUACGGUGAUGGCCUCACAUUCUUCCUUGCGGAGGAUAAUUCUAUGAUCACAAGCGGUGGAGCCAUGGGGCUUCCGAUCGAUCCAAACACCUUUCUUGCAACGAAUCGAUUUGUUGCAGUGGAGUUUGAUACUUAUGAGAAUGAUUGGGAUCCAAGAAAUUCUAAYRAUAUUUACAUAGGCGAUCAUGUAGGUAUCACCAUAAGCAAUCUCACUGGUCGCUCUCUCACUUCUGUUAGAUCUCAAAAAUGGUUGAGUAAUAUAACGGGUGGGGCAGAUUGUCAAGCUUGGAUCACAUAUGAUUCUAUUUCUAAAAACCUUAGUGUUUCCUUCACGGGUUUUCCAAGUAAUAGAAUUGUACGUCAGGAUGGACUUUAUUACACCAUUGAUCUAAGAGAUGUGUUAACGGAAAAGGUCAUUUUUGGGUUUUCAGCAGCAACUGGAGCUUCAUUCCAAAAAAAUAACGUUAAAUCUUGGAGUUUCAGUAGUACGGAUGUACAAACUGUUGAAAAAAAGAGCAAUGUKGUAUUAAUAGUUGGAUUAUCUGUUGYAAUCACUUUUCURGUCGUGCCUGCCUUUGUUUUGUGGAGGAAGAAGCAAAAAAAUAGGGAAGAUGAAGCGAAAGAACUUGAAUUUAAUGCCGAGAUGAACACUGAAUUYGAAAUGGGUAYCGGGCCUACAAGAUUCUCUUACCACGAAUUAGCUCAAUCUACUGGUAACUUUACAGAGGACGAGAAACUUGGGGAGGGAGGUUUCGGUGGGGUUUACCGAGGUUUCUUAAAAGAUUCGAGAACAUAUGUAGCAGUGAAACGGGUGUCCAAGACUUCCAAACAAGGAAUCAAGGAGUAUGCAUCAGAAGUCAGGAUCAUUAGCAGAUURAGGCAUAGAAAUYUGGUUCAACUCAUUGGUUGGUGCCACGAGAAAAGAGAACUAMUGCUUGUUUACGAGUUAAUGGAAAAUGGAAGCUUAGAUUCACAUCUYUUCAARGCAAAGAGCUUGUUGACAUGGGGCACAAGGUACAAAAUUGCYCAUGGCCUUGCUUCUGCUUUGCUAUACCUACAUGAAGAAUGGGAGCAAUGUGUCUUGCAUAGAGAUAUCAAAUCUAGUAAUGUGAUGUUGGACUCUAAUUUCAAUCCAAAGCUUGGUGAUUUUGGGUUAGCAAAGUUGGUUGAUCAUGAGAAAGGCUCACARACAACAAUGUUGGCUGGAACCUUGGGUUACAUGGCUCCUGAAUGUGUAGUGACCGGAAAGGCAAGCAAGGAAUCAGAUGUGUUUAGCUUCGGAGUWGUURCAUUGGAAAUAGCUUGUGGGAAAAAACCCAUCGAGUACAAGGCUCCAGAAAGGCAAAUAAGAUUAGUAGAAUGGGUUUGGGAGCUUUAUGGGGYUGGGACUCUUUUAGAAGCAGCAGACCCGCGACUUGGGUCAGAUUUUAAGGAAGAAGAAAUCAAGCGUAUGAUGAUUGUUGGGUUAUGGUGUGCACACCCUGACUCAGAUAUCCGCCCAUCUAUAAGACAAGCUAUUCAAGUCCUGAACUCCGAAGCUUCUUUGCCCAUACUCCCCUCAAAGAUGCCGGUGGCGUCUUACUUGUCUCUUCCCAUUUCUUCAUCACACGGUGUCGCUUCCAUCAUCCAAAAUCAGUCGUCAAGUAGCAUUGACAACACAGAUUCCUCAAAGCAAAAUGCAACUUCAUCAACUGCUUCUCCAUCUGUGUCACUGUUGCAUUCUAUGCAAUAA